AGGAAAAUAGAUCGAACAGUCGCUGCUUAAAUGUUGAUCACUUCUAUGCAUAUCAAUACUCUCUCACCACUAGUAAAUCAAUGGAAGCCAUUACUCAUCUUUUCGUCUACUCUUUCCUAUUCUCCCUCAUAAGAACCACCAUUACUCUAGACACCAUUACUCCAAGUCAAUCAAUCACAGACGGUGGCACUCUAGUUUCAGCUAGCGGAUCAUUUCAAUUGGGAUUCUUCAGCCCAGGUAAUUCCAAAACUCGAUACGUGGGAAUAUGGUACAUGAUAUCUUCGGAGACAGUUGUAUGGGUAGCCAACAGAAACGCUCCGCUUAACGAUCAGUCAGGAGUUUUAAAGGUCACUGAUGAUGGAGUUCUUGUGCUUCUUAAUAGCACCAAUAGUAUUGUUUGGUCAUCUAAUACAUCAAGAACCGCAGAAAAUCUAGUUGCACAGCUCUUGGACACUGGGAAUCUUGUUGUGAAAGAUAGAAUUGAUGAUGACCCAGAGAAGUUUUUGUGGCAGAGUUUUGAUUAUCCAUGUGACACACUACUACCGGAAAUGAAGCUUGGAUGGAACUUAGUAACUGGCCUAGAUAGGUUUUUAUCAUCUUGGAAGAGCACGGAAGAUCCUGCUCAAGGCGAGUUUUCACUACGUAUCGAUCUUCGUGGGCUUCCGCAACAGGUUUUAAUGAAGAGAGAUUCAAUAAAGGCUAGAGUAGGGUCAUGGAAUGGCCUUCACUUUACGGGAUAUCCUGGAUUAAGACAGAAUCCGGUAUAUAAUUAUGAAUUCGUGUUGAAUGAGAAGGAGGUUUAUUACGAGUACAAACUUCUAAACACUUCUGUUUUCUCAAGAUAUGUGGUAAACCCAUCAGGCGUUGCGCAACGAUUCACAUGGAUGGAUCGGACACACAGUUGGGAGCCUUUCGUUACAGCCCAGUUAGAUCAAUGUGAAAUUUUUGCCUUCUGUGGUUCAUAUGCUUCCUGCGACAUCAAUAACUCUCCUGUAUGUUCAUGCUUGGAAGGAUUCUUACCCAAGUCUCCAAAAGAUGGGGAUUCAGUAGAUUGGUAUGAUGGGUGUGUUCGAAGGAUUCCUUUGGAAUGCAAUGACACAGAUGGAUUCCUGAAGCGCACGGGGGUGAAAUUGCCAGACACAUCUUCUUCCUGGUAUAACAAGAGCAUGACCCUCGAGGAAUGCGAAGGAAUGUGUCUGAAAAACUGCUCCUGCACAGCAUAUGCAAGUUUAGAUGUUAGGGGAGGAGGAAGCGGCUGCGUGCUUUGGUUUGGUAGCCUUGUUGACAUUAGAGAAUUCCCUGGGGGUGGGCAAGACCUCUAUAUAAGGAUGGCCAUUUCAGAACUGGGUCGUCUUGAGAAAAAGAGGCACUUCAACAAGAAGAAACUAGUAGCAAUUAUGGUCGGCUCAACAUUACUAGUGGUGGGAAUGACAAUAGUUGGACUAGUGUCAUACAUAUGGAAGAAGAAACUCAAAAACCAAGAAAUGACAAAAAGAAGUCAGAAGAAGGAUUAUAAUAAUGAAAGUGGGAAUGAAGAUAUGGAGUUACCAAUAUUUGAUAUGGUAGCCAUAGCUAAUGCAACAGACAAUUUUUCAAACAACAACAAGCUGGGAGAAGGUGGCUUUGGACCUGUGUACAAGGGUAUAUUGCCAGAAGGAAGAAAUAUAGCUGUGAAGAGGCUUUCAAAGACUUCUGGACAAGGACUAAACGAGUUCAAAAAUGAAGUUAAUUUGAUUGCCAAACUUCAACACCGUAAUCUUGUGAAGCUUCUCGGUUCUUGCAUUCAAGAAAAUGAAAAUAUGUUAAUCUAUGAAUACAUGCCCAACAAAAGCUUGGAUGCCUUUAUUUUUGAUAAAGCAAAGAGUAAAUUACUAGAUUGGCAUGAGCGCAUCAACAUUAUUCGUGGUGUUGCUAAAGGGCUUCUCUAUCUUCAUGAAGAUUCUAGACUGAGAAUUAUUCAUAGGGAUCUAAAAGCUAGCAAUAUCCUUUUAGAUAACGAUAUGAAUCCAAAAAUUUCAGACUUUGGCCUGGCUAGAUCAUUUGGAGAAGAUCAAAUUGAUUCCAAGACCAAUAGGAUUUUCGGAACAUAUGGUUAUAUGUCUCCCGAGUAUGCGGCGCAUGGACAGUACUCGAUAAAAUCUGAUGUAUUUAGCUUUGGAGUUUUAGUAUUAGAGAUAAUGAGUGGAAAGAAGAACAGAGGAUUUUGUCACUCAGACCACCACCUUAAUCUUAUUGGACAUGCAUGGAAACUAUGGAUUGAAGACAAGUCAAUGGAACUAAUUGAAGACAACUUGGCAGCUGACUUGUGCACUCUAUCUAAUGUAUUACGACACAUUCAUGUGGGUCUGUUAUGUGUGCAACAAAGACCAGAAGAUAGACCAAACAUGUCGUCUGUGGUUCAAAUGUUGAGUAAUGAGAGUUUAUUGCCUAAGCCAAAACAGCCAGGUUUCUUUACAGAUUCACUUGAAGCAAAUUCUUCAUCUAGCAAGCAUGGAACUUGUUCAGCAAACGAAAUCACCAUUACAUUAUUUGAAGCACGGUAAACAACGUCACUUGAGCAUAAAAGUGAAGAGAGUUUUUUUUUUUUUUUUUAUGGAUUAAUGUAAUCUUGAGUUCUUGACUUCAGCAUAUUUAGCUAAACAAAAAAUGUAUGGAAACUGCUAUACUUUAGCACAUAAGGGUCAAAAAGAGAAAGAUAAAUAGUUUUGGCUUAGAGUAAUGCUA